UGGUGACGCCAGGGCGUGCGCUCGGUGGCUCGUAGGGGAAGAUGGCGGCUGCUCCUUUGGAGGAGAGGGAUUGAGAGGGGAGGAGGGAAGAGGCUAGAUGCGAGAGACCUUCCGGGCGGUGGAGACGAACUCUUCGCUCGCCAUUCAUUAGGAGCUUUGCUCAGCGCCGGAGGUGUCCUAGAACGAAAACUUCACCAUGGCUACAGAAAUUGGUUCUCCUCCUCGUUUUUUCCAUAUGCCAAGGUUCCAACACCAAGCACCUCGACAACUCUUUUAUAAGCGACCUGAUUUUGCACAGCAGCAAGCAAUGCAACAGCUUACUUUUGAUGGAAAACGGAUGAGAAAAGCAGUAAACCGAAAAACCAUAGACUAUAAUCCAUCUGUAAUUAAGUAUUUGGAGAAUAGAAUAUGGCAAAGAGACCAGAGAGACAUGCGGGCAGUUCAGCCUGACGCAGGUUAUUAUAAUGAUCUGGUCCCACCUAUAGGGAUGUUGAACAAUCCUAUGAAUGCAGUAACAACAAAAUUUGUUCGAACAUCAACAAAUAAAGUAAAGUGUCCCGUAUUUGUUGUUAGGUGGACUCCAGAAGGAAGACGUUUGGUCACUGGAGCUUCUAGUGGAGAGUUCACUUUGUGGAAUGGACUCACCUUCAAUUUUGAAACAAUAUUACAGGCUCAUGAUAGCCCAGUGAGGGCCAUGACUUGGUCACAUAAUGACAUGUGGAUGUUGACAGCAGACCAUGGAGGAUAUGUGAAAUAUUGGCAGUCGAACAUGAACAACGUCAAGAUGUUCCAGGCACAUAAGGAGGCGAUUAGAGAGGCCAGUUUCUCACCCACGGAUAAUAAAUUUGCUACAUGCUCUGAUGACGGCACUGUUAGAAUCUGGGACUUUCUUCGUUGCCAUGAGGAAAGAAUUCUCCGAGGGCAUGGUGCAGAUGUGAAAUGUGUAGACUGGCAUCCAACAAAAGGGUUAGUUGUUUCAGGAAGUAAAGAUAGUCAACAACCAAUCAAGUUCUGGGAUCCCAAGACGGGGCAGAGUCUUGCAACACUUCACGCCCAUAAAAACACAGUAAUGGAAGUGAAAUUAAAUCUCAAUGGCAAUUGGCUGCUCACCGCAUCACGUGACCACCUCUGCAAACUUUUUGAUAUCCGAAACCUGAAAGAAGAGCUUCAAGUCUUCCGAGGUCACAAGAAAGAAGCCACAGCUGUGGCCUGGCAUCCUGUUCACGAAGGACUAUUUGCCAGUGGCGGGUCCGAUGGCUCUUUGUUAUUCUGGCAUGUGGGGGUAGAGAAGGAAGUGGGUGGGAUGGAGAUGGCCCAUGAAGGAAUGAUCUGGAGUCUGGCUUGGCAUCCUCUUGGACAUAUUCUCUGCUCAGGUUCAAAUGACCAUACUAGCAAAUUUUGGACCCGAAACCGACCAGGUGAUAAAAUGCGAGAUCGAUAUAAUCUCAACCUAUUGCCUGGAAUGUCUGAAGAUGGAGUAGAAUAUGAUGACCUUGAACCUAACAGCCUGGCAGUAAUUCCAGGAAUGGGAAUACCAGAACAACUAAAACUGGCUAUGGAACAGGAGCAGAUGGGGAAAGAUGAGUCAAAUGAAAUUGAGAUGACAAUUCCAGGUUUGGACUGGGGAAUGGAGGAGGUGAUGCAAAAGGAUCAGAAAAAAGUUCCUCAGAAGAAAGUUCCAUAUGCAAAACCUAUUCCUGCUCAGUUCCAGCAGGCGUGGAUGCAAAAUAAAGUUCCAAUUCCUGCCCCAAAUGAGGUACUGAAUGACAGAAAAGAGGACAUUAAAUUGGAAGAGAAGAAGAAAACACAAGCGGAAAUUGAACAAGAAAUGGCCACGUUACAGUAUACUAACCCACAGCUUCUGGAGCAACUUAAAAUUGAAAGACUUGCACAGAAACAGGCUGAGCAAAUUCAGCCGCCUCCUUCAUCUGGCACUCCUCUCCUCGGACCCCAGCCCUUUCCAGGACAAGGUCCAAUGUCUCAGAUUCCUCAAGGUUUUCAACAACCCCAUCCAUCUCAGCAGAUGCCAAUGAACAUGGCUCAAAUGGGGCCUCCGGGGCCGCAGGGACAGUUUAGACCCCCUGGACCCCAGGGACAAAUGGGACCACAAGGUCCUCCACUGCAUCAGGGAGGUGGGGGGCCACAAGGAUUCAUGGGACCACAAGGGCCCCAGGGCCCACCCCAGGGGUUGCCGAGGCCUCAGGACAUGCAUGGGCCCCAAGGAAUGCAAAGGCAUCCUGGACCUCAUGGCCCUUUGGGACCUCAAGGACCACCUGGACCACAGGGUAAUUCUGGUCCUCAAGGUCAUAUGGGGCCUCAGGGUCCACCUGGCCCACAAGGUCACAUAGGCCCCCAAGGCCCACCUGGUCCCCAGGGUCACUUGGGCCCUCAGGGGCCUCCUGGUACUCAAGGUAUGCAGGGACCACCUGGUCCCAGAGGAAUGCAAGGACCUCCUCACCCUCAUGGGAUCCAAGGUGGGCCAGGGUCUCAAGGGAUCCAAGGUCCUGUGUCUCAGGGACCUCUGAUGGGAUUGAAUCCAAGAGGAAUGCAGGGUCCUCCAGGCCCCCGAGAGAACCAGGGUCCUGCUCCCCAAGGGAUGAUGAUGGGCCACCCGCCUCAAGAGAUGAGAGGACCUCACCCUCCAAGUGGACUGCUGGGACACGGCCCUCAGGAGAUGCGAGGCAUGCAGGGGCCUCCAGCCCAAGGGUCCAUGCUAGGCCCUCCCCAGGAAUUGCGGGGGCCUCCAGGCUCACAAGGUCAGCAGGGGCCGCCCCAGGGCUCUUUGGGGCCUCCACCCCAGGGUGGCAUGCAAGGGCCCCCUGGACCUCAGGGACAGCAGAACCCGGCAAGAGGGCCACAUCCGUCUCAAGGGCCAAUACCAUUCCAGCAGCAGAAAACAGCUCUGCUAGGUGAUGGGCCUCGGGCCCCCUUCAAUCAGGAAGGACAGAACGCAGGCCCCCCACCCCUGAUACCAGGCCUAGGGCAGCAGGGAGCACAAGGUCGCAUCCCCCCUCUUAACCCUGGACAAGGACCUGGCCCUAACAAAGGUGACUCACGCGGCCCUCCAAACCACCACAUGGGCCCCAUGUCAGAGAGGCGGCAUGAGCAGAGCAGCGGCCCUGAGCACGGGCCUGAGAGGGGGCCUUUCCGGGGCGGCCAGGACUGCAGGGGUCCCCCUGAUAGGCGUGGCCCUCACCCCGACUUCCCUGACGACUUCAGCAGACCAGAUGACUUCCACCCGGACAAACGCUUUGGCCACCGAUUACGUGAAUUUGAGGGGCGAGGAGGACCUUUACCACAAGAAGAGAAGUGGAGGCGCGGGGGCCCCGGGCCUCCGUUUCCGCCUGAUCACAGGGAAUUCAGCGAGGGGGAUGGCCGGGGCGCAGCUCGGGGCCCUCCGGGGGCUUGGGAAGGCCGCAGACCUGGAGAUGAACGAUUCCCCCGGGAUCCUGAGGACCCACGUUUUCGAGGGCGCAGAGAAGAAAGCUUUAGAAGAGGAGCACCCCCAAGACAUGAAGGCCGUGCCCCGCCCCGAGGUAGGGAUGGCUUUCCUGGUCCUGAAGACUUUGGUCCAGAGGAGAAUUUUGAUCCUUCUGAUGAAUCGGCCCGAGGAAGAGAUCUCCGAGGUCGAGGUCGGGGUACCCCGCGAGGAGGAAGGAAGGGUUUGCUCCCCACUCCUGAUGAGUUCCCUCGCUUUGAAGGAGGACGGAAACCAGACUCCUGGGAUGGAAAUAGAGAGCCAGGGCCAGGUCAUGAACAUUUCCGUGAUGCUCCGCGCCCUGAUCAUCCCCCUCACGACGGUCAUUCCCCAGCUAGCAGAGAACGUUCCUCUUCUCUGCAGGGCAUGGACAUGGCAUCCCUGCCACCCCGAAAGCGCCCCUGGCACGACGGGCCGGGGACCUCGGAGCACAGAGAAAUGGAAGCCCCGGGGGGUCCGUCUGAGGAUCGAGGAGGCAAAGGCCGAGGGGGCCCAGGACCUUCCCAGAGAGUGCCAAAAUCUGGGCGCUCCAGCUCCUUGGAUGGGGAUCACCACGACGGCUACCACAGAGAUGAACCUUUUGGGGGCCCUCCGGGCAGCGGUACUCCUUCCAGAGGGGGCCGUAGCGGCAGUAACUGGGGUAGAGGGAGUAACAUGAACUCUGGCCCGCCACGGCGAGGAGCUUCAAGGGGUGGUGGAAGGGGUCGGUAGAAGUUGGGGCUGAGUAUCCCAAGGCCUCUCUGGACAGUAUUUAAGAACUUCUUGUGGACUUACCAAGAGAAACAAAAGGAAGCCUGCACCAUGUAGCCCUGAACUUUUUCUGGGGCAGCUGAAGCCCAGGAGCCCCUAAUGAGGUCGAGAUGAAGACUGCUGCUGGCGACCCAGAGUGGCCGGCCUCGUUCUGUCCUGUCCACCCUCACUGCCCUGACUCCCACUGUUUUGUGAAGAGAAAAGCUGGAAUCUUUUUUUUUUUUUUUUUUAGGUGUCACGCGACAUGGAGCCUCCACAAAUUUAAGUUCAUGUCCAAUUGGAAAUGUUUCUAUAUGUACAGUUUGUCAGAGAAAAACAUUAAGUUGUUUUUGUAUGAAUACAGAAUGUGAUUUAUGCAAGAAAUAACAGAAAACUAGUUGUGAAA